AUGGCGCCAAGGAUUGGUUUAACAAUGAUAGCUCCAACAAACACGGCGAUUCUGAUGACUAGCCCAAUUCACACGACAAAGGGAAUGCUUACAAAUAUCACGACGAGCAUACCGAUGCCAACGGUGAAAUUCGGUGGUGGGAGCAUUAUGUUGAGGGGCUCGAUGAAUCGAAGUGUAUCGGGACCGCUAGUGUUUAUCGAUGAAAAUCUCGACGCUCAAAGAUUGACUACGAUCCAUUCGAUGUGUUUUGAACAUUGGAGCGCUUUUCGUGAUGGUGGCGAACUUAUGGUCAACUCACCGCGCAAACUGGAUCAGGCUUUCUGUGAGCUCUGGGAUGCAACGUUGAGAAGAAAAGCGCCCGCGCCCGUCAUUCCGAUCAUCAACGAGACCGCGUUAAUGUCUGUCCUUCAACUCGCCGGGAAGAAAUGGAAGGAUGAUGGCCGGAAAAUCAAUAAAAGAAAAUCAAAAUUUCAUUUCCCAAACGCUUCGUUGUAUUUAAGUGUAAUUUUUGAGACUAACAGCAAUAUGCUGGCUUAUAUUCUACUCGGUGGACUUUAUUUCUUCGGUGUUACGGUAGCACAAGAACCAAUUCCGAAAGAUCGCGAUUUGGAGCUGCAAUUCGUGCAAGUGAUUUGGCGUCACGGCGAUCGAUCACCGACACGAACAUGUCCCACCGAUCCAACACAAGAAGAGCAAUGGACUUUCGGUGGUGGAGGAUGGGGACAACUAUCACCGCUGGGUAUGCAAAUGCACGUGCAACUUGGUCGAAAGCUUCGAAGACGAUACGUUGAGACGGGAUUCUUGAACGAGAGAUAUAGGGCUAAUGAGGUUUACUUCCGGUCCACCGACGUGAAUCGAACGCUUUUGUCGGCUGUUUGCAAUACAAUUGGUAUGUAUGGCCAGGGCUCAGCGACACUUGGAGAGGAUGUGCCAAAGCUGAAGGGAAACGAGGAUUACAAUUGGCCGGCUGGAUUCGUUCCGAUUCCCAUUCACACAAUCAAUGAUGAUUAUGACUAUUGGGGAAAUCCGCACAUGAUCUGCCCUCGUCAACUCAAAGUGUGGGCUCUUGCUCAGCAGAGUAAAGAAAUUCAAGCACUGUUGGCUCUGAAUACGACUAAACACGUGUUCGACAUUUUGAAACAACAGUGCAACAAAACCUACGAUUUGGGUUCACUCUGGGAGGUGGUCGACGCGUUUUUCAUCGAGAGAGCCUACAACAUUUCGAAUCCGGGAUGGAUGACGGAUGAUUUGUACAAUCUAGCCUUCAAACUCAAUCAACAGGCACAAGACUUUGUGAAUGGAAUCAAUCUUUCCCCAGUAAAUGGUUUUGAUGUGUCGAAAGAGAUGCAACGAAUCCGCUCCGGAUCGAUGCUCGGCCUUUUGACCGAUCAGAUCAAGCAAAAGCGCGAUUGUUUGGAGAGCUCACCGCUGUGCUCGGAAUGGAUGAGUAAACUCAAAUAUUUCGUCUACUCAGCACAUGACACAACCGUUUACGCGUAUUUGACUGCGUUGAACUCGGAGAAAUUGGUGAUCACUGAUGGAGGGUAUCCACAUUAUUCAGCCGCUGUCAUCACCGAGCACUGGCGGGACAGCAAAAAGAACGAUUUUGUGAAGUUCGUCUAUCACAAUGGCUUUGGCGACAAUUUCACCGUGUUCACACCGAUGGUCGAAGCGUGUCGCGAUUUCGAAAUAUAUUGUCCAUUUGAAAAAUUUGAAGCGGUGGCCGCCAACCUCUCAUCAAGCCAAUGGGGCGGUGCCGAGGCGAUGUGUGCUGACACGGAUCUUUUUGGCAACUCGGAGAAGAAAUUUGCAUUUUAUAAUAACGGUCUGAUCUCCUCAAUUCUCGUCCUCAUUUGGGCAUUCUUACAAAGAAAU